AUGGCUAAUUCAGAGCUCAUUUUUAAACCUUCCCUAACCAAUUACUUUAGGCCUCUUAAACACAACAAGAUCAACUCUCUUCCAGAUGAAGUUUUCAGCAGAUACACAGAAGUGAAGAAAAUAUUUCUGCAACAUAAUUGCAUUCAAACUAUUUCAAGUGUAACCCUUCUGAAAGCAUUUUUUGGGUUAUACAGACUUCAGAUAUUGUUUCUAAAUCAUAACUGUAUCACCAGUCUGAGACCUGGGAUAUUCAGAGACCUACACAAACUGAAAUGGUUGAGAGUAAUUCUAGAUGGUAACCUAAUAGUGAAAAUUUCACAGCAGCUAUUUACUGAGCUAAAGUCUUUGUUUUUUACGGAUUUUGAAGGCAAUUGUAUCAAGGCUUUAACUAAUACCACCUUCCUGGAAUGUGAUGCUCUUACUGUACUGUAAAAGAGGAAAACCUCUUACACCUGUCUGAAUGUUCAAAAUGGUUUGCUGAGCAAAAAAGGCAAUUCUUUACUUCAAAAGGCUCUGAUCAUUUCAGAUAGAAGUUGUCUUAAAAUUUAUCCACAAAACUUAGAGCAUGAAUAUGUGACUGCUGUCACAACCCAAUGGCCUCCUCCCUCAGGGAGUCCCCUUGGAGGCAGAUCAGCACAGUAUGUCGCUAAUGCUAUUGAAGGCAUUGCAAGAGAUCUGGAAACUAUAGAGAUUCCAAAUAUAAAUUCAAGAAUGUUUCAACUGAGGAACCUUUCCUACAUCUAUUUCAAAAAGUUUCGGUAUUGUUCCUAUGCAGUCCACAUGCAAAUGUGCACACCAUUAACAUAUGGGAUUUCAUCAUUUGAGAACCUCUUGGCUAAUAAUGUUCUUAGAGUAUUUGUCUGGGCCAUAGCUUGUGUUACCUGUUUUGGAAAUCUUUUUGUCACUAGAAUGAGAUCAUUUAUCAGAACUGAAAACAAGACGCACACCAUGUCUAUCAAAAUGUUGUGUUGUACUGAUUGUCUGAUGGGUGUGUAGUUGUUCACUGGACUCUUUGACAUUAAAUACCGUGGACAAAAUACAAAAUAUGCUGUGCUUUGGAUAGAGAGUUUACCAUGUCAUAUCAUGGGUUUCCUGGCCAUGUUUUUAACAGAGAUCUCUGUCUUGUUGUUGAUAUAUCUGACUUUGGAAAAAUAUUUAGUAAUUGUCUUUCCCUUCAGUAAUAUCCGACUAGGAAAGCAUCAGACAAUAAUAAUCCUUGUAUCCAUAUGGUUUAUUGGAUUUGUAAUAGCAAUACCAGUAGUGUUUGCAUAUGUCAGAAUGUUUUAUUCCAUUCAAAAAACUGUCCUUCAGACAUCAGAAGUAAGAAGCAACAUUCACGUGGAUGUUGCUGUAGCCAAUAGGUUUGUUUGUUUGUUUAUAGUAUUCACUGACUCCAUCUGCUGGAUUUCUGUUAUAAAAAUCCUCUCCCUAUUCCAGGAUGCUACUUCAUCUCCAGACUUUCUAAAAAACCCUAAAAAGCAGAAGCUGCCAGACAGACCCCUUAUAGCCAGAAAGGCUGACCAGGACGAGGUCACCUUAUAA